AUGACCAUUGGAAUCGCUCUUCUCGGCGCUGGCAUCUUUGCGAGGACGGAACACGUCCCCGCAAUCGAAGCCUGCGACCUACUCGAGUUCAAAGCCGUCUACUCCCGAUCCCAAAAGUCCGCAGAUGCCCUCGCUUCGAGCAUCGAGAGCAAGCCCGACUCGUACUUUGACGACCCCGCUAACACGGAUAAGAAUCUUGACGCCCUCCUUGCCCGCGACGACAUUCAAGCCGUCGUCAUUGCGCUGCCUAUCCCCAGCCAACCCGCCGUGAUCAAGAAGGCCAUCACCGCGGGGAAGCACGUUCUCAGCGAGAAGCCCAUCGCCAAAGAUACCGCGACGGCGAAAGACCUGCUCAACUGGUACGGAAGUCUCUCGUCGCCUCCCAUCUGGGCCGUGGGAGAAAACUGGAGGUUCCUUCAGACGGUGGUGUAUGCGGCGGAGCAGCUUAAGGAGAUUGGUGGCGAUGUAGUGACGUUUAGCUUUUCCAUGUACAAGCUCGUUAGAGAUGAUGAUAAGUACUAUAACACUGAGUGGCGCAAAAUUCCUGAGUACCAAGGCGGAUUUCUCCUCGACGGUGGUGUCCAUUUCGUUGCCGGCAUCCGCCACUUCCUUGCCGCUGUUGGCCAGGAAAUCAAGCAUCUCUCAGCCCACACCGCGCUAAUCCAAGCGAAGCUUCCCCCCGUCGACACAGUCCAUGGCCUCCUCACGACGACAAGUGGCCGCAGCGGCACUUUCAUCGUGUCCUUUGGUUCUGAGUUCAAGUCGGGUUUCACCAUCGAGCUAGUCACGACCAACGGUGCCGUGAGGCUUACGCCCGGCGUGGUGAAUGUCACGAGGAAGGCGGGGGAUGGUGAAAGGGUAGAGGAGACGAAGACGUUUGAGUUUGAUUCUGGCGUGAAGGCCGAGGUUGCGGCCUUUGCGCAGAGCAUUAACGCUGGAAAGGUGGAUGCUAGGCAGACGGCCAGUGAGGCACUGAAGGAUCUUGAGAUCUUGCAGGCGCUCUUGGAGUCUGGCGAGGAUUCCGGUGCUAUUAAGAGCUUCUAA